CAGUGUUUACUGUGGCUGAGUUCAUGUUAUCUCUCUUUCCACCGGAGACAUAUGUCCAGCUUGUUCUGUUCUGUUUAGUGAUUAGUCAAUUUGAUUGUAGAAGUUCUUCCUAAAAUAUUUUCUCGUUUUGCCUGGAGUAACUUAACAUUAAUUCGUUAAAAAAUGUUAUUAAUAAUUAACUUUCUCAUCAACCAAUCGCAACAGAUCUUGUUCGAGCUGCUACAUGACCCGAAUUUUGUGCGUCCAAUACCAUGCUACCCGUGAGACAUCGCGAGCUCACGACGGAUGUUGCAGUUAAUUGUUGUUUUAAUGUAGUACUAGAAGCAUCGAAUUCAAACUUUUUGAUCUCUAAAACGAUCGUAAUUGCAAUUAGAACAUACAAAACGGUAAACAGGUUGAUAAAGUUUAUGUGAGGAUAUUUUGGGAGUCAAAUCAUGGCGUGGGGAACUGAGUUAUGGGAUCGAUCUGAUGUGGUAGCAUACCAUACACAGCAGUCUAUUGAGUUUAUCGAAAAAGUUUCAAAAUUUACGAAAGAAAGAGCUCGAAUUGAGCAAGAUUAUGCAAAGGAAUUGAGAAAGCUAUGCAAGUCUUUUCAUCCUAAGAAAAAGGAAGAAUCCAGCUUAUCAGUACAUAAAGCAUUCCUUGGAAUACUGAAGGAGACUGAGGAUAUUGCAGGGCAACAUGAAGUGAUCAAUGAAGAAUUGCAAUCCAAAGUUUAUAAAGAAUUACAAAAUCUGCAUAAUGAAGCUAAACAGGACCGAAAAAAGUUUUUAGAUGGUGAGAAGUCUUUACUGCGAAAUCUUCAGCAUUCUAUGAAUGCUUUAGACAAUGCAAAAAAGGCAUAUGAAAAAUCAAGCAAGGAUGCGAAUGAAGCUCUCCAAAACUUUCAGAAAACUGACAAUGAUAUGAACAUGACAAAAUUACAAAUUGAAAAGCUUAGAAGCAUUUCAAUGGAAAAAGGACAACAAUGUGAGGUGGCUAAAGAGGCAUAUCGUGAUCAACUCAAUAAGACAAACAAUAGCCAGACACUUCAUUAUUCAACCAACUUUCCUCAAAUAAAUGAUGCACUUCAGAAAAGCGAGGAAGAAAGAGUGCGAAAAUAUGGAGUUCUGCUUGCUCAGUAUUCUGAUGUUCAUUGUAAAGUUAUUCCAAUUAUCAACAGAUGUUUGGAAGGCAUGAAGACGUCAGCGCAAAUUGUUAAUGGACCUAAGGAUUCUCAAACUCUGGUUGAUGCAAACAAGACAGGUCUUUCACCUCCGAGUGACAUACCAUUUGAAGAAUAUGGUAAACCUACGUCACAGCAGCCUGGGACACCUUUGGAUAAAAAGAAAACUAAGAAAGCUAAAGCUAAGCCCAAAAAUACAAAGAAUGUUGGCGAUGGCAAUGACUUUCAAAGCCUCAAUCCAGGUGAGAAAACACGAAUAUGUAAGAAAAAGAUAGAGGAAUACGGCAAUGAGUCUGCAACAUUGCUAUCUGAGAGGCAAGCCUUAGAGAAAAUGAUGGAUGUGUACAGUCAAAACUCUGCGCUUGGUGACCCAGAGAGCAUCAAGGGUCAAUUAGAGCAAAAUGCUCAGAGGCUGGACAAAAGUAACGAAGAACUGCAUAAAUAUCAGUGUUAUUUGGCAGCUCUAGAAAAAUCAGAACCGCCAGCACGUCAACCAUUUUACUCAGGUCAACCUGGAGCUGCACAACCUGCUCAGGCAGCUAACGGAGUCCCUCCCCCUCCUGGGGCUGAUAUUCCCACACCUCCUCCUCCCCCCGGGUCAGCUGUAAUUGAUCAAGAUGACGGGGAGUUUGAAGAUGACGUACGAUGUUACGUACUCUAUGAUUUUCAAGGCACAAAUGAUGGUGAGAUCACAGUAUCCGCAGGUGAGGAGCUUAUUGUGUUAGAGAGAGACAAUGACAACACUGGUUGGACACAGGUAUUGAAGGGUGAAGACGAAGGUUAUGUACCUACAGCAUAUAUCCAACUAUCCGAAUAAGUAUUAGUGACUCAUUAAGAAAUUAAGGAAUAUCUAUAUAGAUGACAUGAUUACGUGGCGUCAUGUUCCCGACACGGCAAAUUUUAUUCAAUUUGAACACCAGAGUUAGAAUAUAGUCUAAUUGCUUGACACGAUGAUAACUAGGAGGGAUUUCUAUGGCAUUCUGAGCAUCUCCCAAGUGCGAUCUUUAAAACCUGUUUCUUUAUUCGCAAAACUCUGGUGCUUUUGUCAAAUGCUAAAUAGAAAUUAUCUGACGACUAUUUUCCUAAACAAUUUCGUUGAUGCUAAUAGAAUAUCUAAUUGAGGCGAAAUCUGGGAAAAUAAAUAUGAUUGUUUAAAUAUAUUUAAAAAGCUGCAUUUUAUGUAAAAAUUCGCUU